ACAUUAUCAUUUGAAAAUUAGCACUUGUCAAAGAAGCACACGGUUGGGUGUAGCCUUUCUUUUAGCACCGUUGAUUAAAAUGUGAUUUUUGGUGGUUUCAGCUAUUAUUUCGAGAUAUAGUUUAAUAAAAGUGUUAUAAAUCGUAACCCGUGCGAAAAAUUCGAAUCAUGAAUUCUAAAACAAUUCAACGGCUUAGUUUAGUUCUAAGUUACCUAUUAGUCAUCCGAGCCAAUGUCAUUACCAAUAAUAGUGGACAACUUGAGGUGUGUCCUAAAAUGUGCACCUGUGAUAUGAUCGAAGGACUUAGGCGUGCCGAUUGCAGCCACGAGAACCUUAUCAGCACACAUACCGAUGUCCCUGAUAGUGUAGAAAUAUUGGAUCUAAGUAUCAACAAAAUUUCUUCCGUUGAAGAUGACGAUUUGCAAAUCUACAACAACUUAGUGAAACUGUUUCUGUCCGAUAACUCGAUUCACACCAUUUCGCUGAAUGCAUUUUCCCACCUACGAAAGCUACAGACGCUAGAUCUGUCUCAUAAUCGACUUGAACUACUGCACGAAGAUCUGUUCGAGCAGAACGAAAAACUAAUCGAUCUUAAUCUUUCGAAUAACAAUUUCAUCUCGCUACAGCAUCGGCCACUGCUGAAGAGUUCCUCCAUUAUGUAUCUGCACCUAAGCGACUGUAAAAUUCCACAGCUGCACGAGAGCUUAUUCAACUAUUUGCCCAGCUUGCGCUCGGUGGAUCUUUCGGAGAACCUAAUGAUCACACUAUCGAAAGAUCCGUUCGUUCCGCUAAAGAAGCUUCGUUACAUCGACCUGCGGGAGAAUCGAUGGCAAUGCGAUAGCUCAUCGGUGCGUAACACAAUCAGCUGGAUGAAGAAACGGAUCGCUUCUAUACAGAUCGAAAAUUGCUUCUUGAAUCCCUACAAACACACGCUGAGGUUUGAGAAGAUGGAACUCGAUCCGAACUUUCGAGGAGGAAAAAGUGAUCGUGAAGAAAUCGCAAUCGAUCAGGUUUGGCAUUCGGCUGCAACUCCGGCUGAUUACUGGGCUUCAUUGCAGGACAAGACGUGUGUGUUUAGUGACGUUGAGGAUACUGAAGGCAGCAAAACAUGUGCUAAUUUCAUCGAAUGUCAAAAUAAAUUCAGCGAAUUAUACCACGCGUACACGGCUGCCAUUGCGGAAGCUCAAGUCAAGCCUGAUAGCAGAACCGUCAUCCGUAAGGCAGCAAUCACGCUGCUACUUUGCGGUGUUUUCAUAGGAGCCUUUUUCGGCACUAUUAUCACCUAUUCGAUUAUGUUUUUGGUUCAAAGAUGCCGUGAGUCUCGUGAGAACGCGAAAAAUCCGUAUGCCAAAACAAUGCGUCAGAUGAGACGCGAGUUUCGCGAGAGAAACAACUUUGAACAUUCCCGUCUCAGUGAGUCUCCCGUAAAUAGAAGCUUGAACGGUCGACCCACCGGCAGUUUAUCCACCCAGGAACAGUCACAAAUCUAUAGAAACCAUGAAAACACCCGCCAGUUCCUGGUGAAUCUUUUCUCAAAAAGACAACCUCGCUUCGUGCGUAACAAUUCGCAAAUCGCAAACAUCCAUAAUCGUUAUAUACCGCCGCUUCAGAUACGCAGUGAGGUAACCUCCAACUCUCACGGUAUCUCUCCCGUAGCUCCUACCAGCUCUAGUUUCAUCUGGGAGCCUUCACGCCAAAAUCAAUACAAUGAAGAACAGGAACGAAUGCUGAACAGCCGCCAGUCGUCGGCAUUUUCCGUCUGGAACAACUACUACGGAAUCGACGACCUUCGGAGGCCGGAAUCUAGUGCUGCCUUGUAUGAAGUGAUUCCCGUCGGAAAUGUCUCUCCGACGGUCGCCAGAAGCAACAACGGUACAGCAGCAUGUGAAACUCCGCCACCGCCGUAUGCCGACUGCAGUGUAGUGUUGAAACGAACUGAAUAGUGGACGAAUGGAUAUUUCAUUGUGUAUUAUUUAUUUUCGACUGAUUAUUAGUUUAAAUGAAUAGUGAUUAAAAAUAAACAAUUGUAAAUA